AUGACUCCGCCGGAGCCCGACAUUGAUUCCGCAUCAUCAGCGGCGCCCCAUCCCCCGCCUAUCGAUACAGCAAUCCAUGUCAUUGCUACGGAACGGGCCGCUCUGGAAAACCUUGAACGAGUCUAUACCACCAACGACCUGGCGCGGAAUAACUUGGAGCGGGCCGUGGAACAAAUUGCCAACACGAUCAAUGCAGGAUCUAAACUGAUCGUAUGCGGAGUCGGGAAGAGUGGAAAGAUUGGAGAAAAGGUUGUCGCUACGAUGAACAGCCUGGGGAUUUACUGUUCCUUCCUGCAUCCAACAGAAGCACUACACGGAGACCUUGGCAUGGUGAGACCGACGGACACUGUUCUCUUUAUCACAUAUUCUGGCAAAACUUCCGAGUUACUACUCGUCCUUCCGCAUCUCCCUUCGACAACAUCCGUGAUAGUGAUCACAGCACAUAAACAGCCAUCAUCGUGUCCAUUAUUAGCCGGCUCUAAUAGUGAGAACACCAUACUGCUCCCUUCACCCAUCCAUGAACCAGAGGAAGUCUCCUUCGGUGUUUGCGCCCCUACCAGUUCGACGACUGUUGCACUGGCAGUAGGGGAUGCCUUGGCACUUGCAGUAGCACGACGGCUUCACACUUCGCCUGGAAGAGGCCCUGCCGAAAUUUUCAAAGGAUACCACCCCGGUGGUGCUAUUGGAGCUGCUGCUGCCGCCGCCGCUUCGUCGUCAGUAUCUGGCACCACAACACCCCUCACCUCUACGUCAUCUACGCCGUCACGGUCGAUGUCUCUCGCCGGUCUCCAAGACGAACCCGAGCCAGGCCUGCCGGCAUCUAAAGGGGUGUCAGCACAGCGAAUAACUGGCUUCGUUACACCUAUCGGCACAAUCCCCACUGCCUCACCAAAGCCUGGCUCCCCUUUGCGAGUCGUAGAUAUUAUGCGGGCUGCCCUUCGUGGGUUUACUUCCAAGCCAUGGGCCUUCCUACGUCCUGGUUACAUCAUUUCACCACACCAGGUUCGGAAUUUGGUGGCGUGCAAUGACCCAGACGACAGCAUCGAAGAUAUAGACCGUGAGGUACCUAUUGGGCACAAAAGUGAAGAAUGGGUAUCGGUACCAAAUACCAGUACAGUUGGCGAUGUCCGACGGAUCCUCGACCAGCACGAGCGAUCUAAUAGCGCUAAGAUACCUACGAAGCGAGACUCAGAAGGGAAUACAGUACACAUCAGACGAAACAUCAUUAGUGUUGUUAACGAAACAACUAACGAGAUUGUCGGGUUUAUUGAAGAAGAAGACAUACAACACGGCGACUACAUGGUAAAAUGA